CCACACAUCCUUUGUGCUACUAAUACCAAAAACCAUUGUUAGCUCCCCUCAAACAAACAAAAAUGUCACAGAAAAAUGACGACCACCAUCACAGCACUGCACUUAGACGCGUCCCUACACCAGGAAAGGCAACUCUGCUCGCAAUCGGCAAGGCUUUCCCAAGCCAACUCAUCCCUCAAGAAUGUCUCGUCGAAGGCUACAUUCGUGACACCAAAUGCGACGACCCCGCCAUCAAGGAGAAACUCGAACGAUUAUGCAAAACGACAACCGUGAAGCGCAGGUUCACCGUGCUGUCGAGGGAGAUACUGGACAAGUACCCGGAGCUGGCGACGGAAGGUUCCCCGACGAUCAGGCAGAGGCUGGAGAUCGCGAACCCGGCGGUGGUCGACAUGGCGGCGGAUGCCAGCCUGGCGUGCAUCAACGAAUGGGGGCGGCCGGCCGCCGACAUCACCCACCUCGUCUACGUGUCGUCCAGCGAGAUCCGCCUCCCCGGCGGGGACCUCCACCUCGCCACGCGCCUCGGGCUGCGGAGCGACGUGGGGCGCGUGAUGCUCUACUUCCUCGGCUGCUACGGCGGCGUCACGGGGCUACGCGUCGCCAAGGACAUCGCCGAGAACAACCCGGGCAGCCGCGUCCUCCUCGCCACCUCGGAAACCACCAUCCUCGGCUUCCGCCCGCCGAGCAAGUCCCGCCCCUACGACCUCGUCGGGGCGGCGCUGUUCGGCGACGGCGCCGCCGCCGUGGUGGUGGGUGCCGACCCGGUGGAAGGGAAAGAAGAGGGGUUCAUGGAGCUGAGCUACGCGGUGCAGGAGUUUCUUCCGGGGACCCACGGGGUGAUCGACGGGCGGCUGUCGGAGGAAGGGAUCAACUUCAGGCUCGGCAGGGAUCUGCCGGAGAAAAUUGAAGGGAACAUUGAGGAGUUUUGUAGGAAAUUGAUGAGGAUUGGGGGUUUGGGUGAUGGGGUUGGGUUUAACGAGCUGUUCUGGGCAGUUCACCCGGGUGGGCCGGCGAUACUGAACCGGUUGGAGGGCAAGCUCGGGUUGGAGGAAGGGAAGCUGGAUUGUAGCAGGAAGGCGUUGAUGGAUUAUGGGAAUGUGAGCAGCAAUACGAUCUUUUAUGUGAUGGAGUAUAUGAGAGAAGAGCUGAUGAAGAAGAGGAAUGGAGGAGAAUAUAAGGAGAGUGAAGAAGAAUGGGGGUUGGGAUUGGCUUUUGGGCCAGGAAUUACCUUUGAAGGUGUUCUUCUUCGUAGUCUGUGAACCUUAAGUUUGGAUGAUGAUCGAUAUGCAGAAGUUAUGAACUUAUUAUUAUUAUGAACUAAAUAAUGGAACUGUAUUUUUUUUGUUUAUUUUUACUGUUUCAUCAGUUUUUUUAUGAGGUAAAAGAUUCUCUUUUUUGUCAAACUAGCUUAGCCGCUUAAAGCCAAAGGUAACAUAGCCUAGUGGUGAAAACACUGGUCCAAUUGAGCUCUGGAUGUGAGAGGUCCUGAGUUCGAUUCCCAGUGGAGCCACUUGUGCGUUCCCGGCGGCACCCUUGGUAUCGGAGGCGAAGCCUCCCCGAUGUUGGUAGCAGAAAGCCCCGGUUAGUAUGCAGGUACCCCCAGUGGUUUAGUAGGCCCCGCUGUCGCUCAAGCGGCACGUGGGGCUGAGGUUCCCUGGGUUAUCAAAAAAAAAAAAAAAAAAAAAAAAAAAAAAAAAAGCUUAGCCGCUUAAACAACAUCUAUGUAUUACUAAUUACGGGGUUGGGUGAUUUUGUGCUAGAUUACAUUACCAUGUUUCUCUCUUUCAUGACUAUAUAGACGUGAUUUGGAUG